AUGGCUGAGCCCCUUGAUCAGGUCGAUCCAUCCGACCAUGCUCUCCCCACUCAGCCAGAUGUCUCAGUCAAGGAUGUAGCCACCACCACCUCCUCCCCAGAGGGCGCUAAAUCCUGCAAGAAACACCCCGAUCACCCCGACCAGAAAGAGAGACAGAAACAGCGGCUGAAAGAUAAGCGGAGAAAGCGUUCCAAAAAGAAGUCGGCACAAGAUGAGGAGACUGAGUCCUCCGAUGAUUCCUCCUCUUCUUCCUCUGAUGCUUCGGACUCGUCAGACUCGGCAGAUGCUGACUCUGACUCCGACUCCGACUCUAGCGAAUCCGACGACGUCGAUCGUCGUAAGCGCAAUCGAAUGCGGGCCAAGGCUCGUGCCAAACAAGCUCUGAAGGAUAAGAGGCGAAAGAAGAAGAAGCGCUCACGAGCUCGCAAAGUCGUCUCUUCCGAUUCUGACUCGGAAUCCUCCGUGGACUCCGAGUCUGAGGAGGAUUCCGCCAACGAAUCGGAUGAGUCGCUCGAUGAAAAGGCCUUGCGGAAAUUGGUCACCCGGUUGAAGUUGAAACGCCAGGCCAAGAAGCUUCGAGACCAAACCAACGAUGAUUUGGGCCUGGGUGAUCCCCUGGGUGAUGGUCGCCGCGAGAAACGGUCCAAGAGGAAGAAGCCCGCUUCCAAAGUGGCUUUUAAGCGUGUCGAUCAACUCUGGGAUACCACCAUCCACAAGUACAAACUCACCGAGACCGUUGACGACCCCGAUGCCGACGAGUGGGACCAAUACAUCUUCACCGUUCGCCGCAAGUUCAACUGGGAAAACAAAUACCUCGAGACCGUCGUCGACAUCAAGAGUAAAUACCUACGUGAUGCGCUCGCCAAGGUCAUGGACGGCGUCAAGGGUGUUAGUCUGGUCCAGGAGACCGCGGUCGUCGACCCCAAUAUGCUCUUCCUCUACCUCGAAGAGACUCGUCAAUGCAUGAAGGAUCUCCGCAAACAAUCUCGUCGGGAAAAGAAGAGAAAGGCUCGCAAAACUGCUGCCAACAAGGCCGCUCACUUGAAGGUCCUGAUCAAGUACCUUGACGCCGACUAUGCCGACAUCAAAAAGACCCUCUAUCCACUGCUCGAAGCCAACACCAUCACCUUUGACCUGCUCUGGGCACUCUACAAGCCCAACACAAUCGCCUACUGCCCAACCUACGGCAAUUCCGAUGAGCCUCGGGCCUUCAAAAUGGAGUACGCCAUCAAGGAAUCUUCCUUCAUGAAGGGCCAGUGGUACAGUGUUGAAGGCCGUUAUCUCGAAUACGACGGCAAGGACUUUGGCUUUGGCACCAUGUCGGCCGAAGUCGAAUCCUUCAAAGGCGCCCGCAAGAUUACCAGUCUCGCCUGCUAUCCCUUGCAAUAUCACCGAGACUCCGAAGCCCUACGCGGCCGACUCAUCGAGCGAGGGAAGCGAUUCGUCGCUCUCCGCGGCAUGAACUACCGUUUCCACAAGGGUAUGGCAUUUUACAAGAAGAAGCGAUCAUUUGUGAUUAAAGUCAACAUCAACGGUCGCGUGAUGAUCGACCCAGCCAUUCACCGUCGAAUCAACCCGAACUACCCCAUCAGCACCGUCCGCCCCAAAGACCCCGAUCUCCUUGACCCGUCCGAAGCAGGCAUUAGCGAUGUCGACGAAGACGGCAGCGAUGGCGGUUGCUGCUGUGGAGGCUCGGACUCAGACUCGGACAAUGGUGGCUGCUCAGACACUCCGCGAACAGUAUACAAAGUGAUCGAGGGAGACGACGGCAACCCACGCGUAGUCGAAGUCGAAGUCGACGAGAACGGGCAAGAAAUCACCAAAGAGAAGAUGGACCGAAUCGAAGGCGACGCCACCUCCCCAUCCCAAGAACGGGAAUUCACCGAAGAAGAGCUCCUCAUCGCCAGCCCCGUCGUCCUAGGCUUCGCCUUCAGCGAAAAGCUCUGGCUAGAAUUCACCAUCUCAGGAAUCAGCGACAUCGAAUGGAACGCAGACGCCUUCGACUCCCUCGUCCUACCAAACAACCAAAAGUCCAUCGUGAAAGCCCUCGUCGAAUCCCACACCUUCCACGCAGCAGAGAACAUCGACGACGUAAUCCAAGGCAAAGGAAAAGGCCUCGUCGCCGUCCUCCACGGACCCCCAGGAACCGGCAAAACCCUCACAGCUGAAGGAAUCGCCGAACUCCUCCGCCGACCCUUAUACAUGGUCAGCGCCGGCGAACUAGGCACCGACUCACGCACGCUGGAAGCAGAACUGAACAAGAUUCUCGACAUAGCACAUUCCUGGGGUGCAGUCCUCCUCCUCGACGAAGCGGACAUAUUCCUCGAAAAACGCACCAUCCACGACAUCCACCGCAACGCCCUGGUCAGCAUAUUCCUCCGACUGCUGGAAUAUUUCCAGGGUAUCCUUUUCCUCACCACGAACCGGGUGGAAACCUUCGACGACGCAUUCCAGUCUCGCAUCCACGUUGCCCUGCGGUACGGCGAUCUCACCUCCAAAGCAAAACGGAGUAUCUGGAAGAUGUUCCUGGAACGAGUACGUGCGAUUGAGGGCGUAAAGGUAGCAACCUUUACAGAGGAGAAUUACGAUAUGUUAUCCCGGCAUACGUUGAAUGGGCGACAGAUCAAAAAUUCCGUUCGCACCGCGCAGGCACUGGCUGUUAAUGAGAGCUCGCCUCUAUCAAUGGAUCAUAUCAAGCGUGUACUGGAAGUUGCCGAGACUUUCGAUCAGGAUUUACGUGGUGGGACGGGGUAUCUGGAUGCGAUGCGUAGUUAUACCUAA